UUUCUAUGCGCUGCUAGCCAAGCCAGGAAGCCAUAAUCGCGUCGCUCGGCCCAGUAAAUGUGACAGAACUGUAGAUAAUUGAUGAAUUUGACGUGAAGACAAAUGUUUUGACGAUUAUUUGAGUGUACAUCUACAAUUGCGAGCAUGCGGAUAUGUUUGUAUAGCCUGACAACGUGAGAUUGUAAUACGGAGGGGCAUGUUGAGGUGAUAUACGCCACAGGUGAAAAGUCAAGUGUUUGUGGGGAGAGAAUGGGCAAAACAACCGACGGAGGUGGUAUCGGAGUGACAGACAAAAACAACAUUAUGGAGGAAGGAAAGAAGGACGCACCAUCUGAACCUGUCAUUCAGAAUGACGAGUCCAAUAAACACGUUGACGUGCCGGAGAAGGAGACCCCGCGAGAGGAAGAGACGGGUAAGAGUGAGGAACUUGUCGACAAUGAUGUAGGGAAGAUUUCUGUAGAAAUAAAGAAGUCAAUCGCAGGGGACAAACCGGAGAGCAUCAACCAAUUCGACUCUGUGUCAAACGACAAAGCUAAGGAACCCCCGCAAGUCAAGGACCCAGAAAAUCCCAAGAAACCUGAAUCCGACAAAAUAGAACCUCUCAAAACGCAAAAUUCUACAGCGAGUUCAAAGAGCAAGAAACCGAAGAAGGGGAUAUUCGUGUCAUACUCCCCAGACGCUGGGUUCCUGGAGCGGAGAUUCGUGGUAGAAACAGCCCAGCAACUUAAGGAAAACAACCUGGCAGACGACCUUUGGUUUGACAAAGAUGAGAAGAACACGGGAAGUCCAUGCUGGUUUUCUCUAAGAAUGGAAGCUGUGGAGAAAUGUCGAGCAGCUAUCCUCAUAUUAUCCGACAGUUACUUCACGUGCCCUGUGUCUGUGUACGAGGGCAAGGCGCUGAUAGACAGGCAUAAGACAGACCCCUCGUCAGUUCGCCUCUUCCCAAUUCUGUUCAAUAACAUAGAAAACAGCGAGGUACCAAAGCAUUACAGUGGCAUCCUGCACGAUGCGGUAGAUCUGACUGUUCACGCAAAGUUAAGUCUGGCGGAGAAGACAUCUAUUGUGAUUGGUUCUGUGAUGGAAGAGCUGGAGAAGUUUGCAACACUGGCCUCUCCCCCUACCCCGUUGUGUGCACCCGACGCCGAGUUCACCGGGGAAUACAGACGGAAGAAGAUCUGUCAGUGGAAUGUGGGAGACUUGCAGGAAUGGUUGUUCAAACUCGGAAUCAAAGAGUUCUACCGCCAGAGUCUUGCCGAGAACAUGGUGGACGGGUUUCUGCUCAUGUCGCUGACCGACCACGACAUGGUCAAGUACCUUGGGGUGGACAGUCGAGUGGUCAGGAAGAAGAUCAUGCAACAGAUCUUACAAACGCUGGACAAGGAACACAAACAGCCAGACAACUGGCACUUGCGGGCACGUGCACAACGUGCUAAACCUGACGUGGUAUAUGUGAUUUAUGACCCAGCAGACGUCAGGCUGGCUCAGAACAUCAAGGCAGAUCUCAGGAAGAAGAACUUACAGGUCAUUCACCAUGAUGGAUUGAAACUGGGCAGGUCUAAAGAAGAGUUCCUUCAAAUCAAUGGCCCCCAAAUCGCCACAGCAACCCAUGUGAUUGUUCUUAUGACCGAAGCAUCUACAGGGUCACCGUUUGUCUUCCACGAAGUCCUGUUUGCUGAUUGGCUGGGGAAGAAGCUGGUGACGUCUAUGUUCAAGAAUGUUUGGACCAAUCUAAGAGUGUCCCUGAAGGCUGUCCUCGGUGAGUGUCCAGCCAUUGACUUCGAGACCAAGAUGUACACGGAGAGUCUGGAUGUUCUAGAACACCACAUCAAGCCACUGCGCCGUGUUCCUGGUGUGGUUCUGGAACAGACGUACCUGAACAAGAUGGCUGAUGGACUAAAGCCACUGGAGGUGCUAGCUGGCUGCCGAACCGACAACGUGAACUCGUUGCUGGGGAGCGAGGGAGAUCCCAUGGUCUUUAUCAGCUACCAGUGGGACAUGCAGAGCAAGGUGGAGGAGAUUCAGAUGUACCUGGAACGGGCAGGUCUCGUGUGUUGGGCAGAUAUCAGCGUGAACCUACCUCGCGGUCACAGCAGUCGCAGCACAAGAAGCAGCGCCACCUACACCAACUUGGAUACGGGCAACGACACAUUACAGGGACAGAUCCAGCGGACAAUGAAGUCAUCAGCGGUCGUGCUCUGCUGCAUCACACCAAAAUAUCUACAAAGUGACAACUGUGUGAAGGAUCUAGGUCUGGCGGAGAACUAUAACAAACCAAUCAUACCCCUCCUCCUCCGUUUUGUGCCCAUCGAGACGGCGCCAGCUCAGGUGAAGAGGUUGCUUCUGAGACAGAGCUACAUUGACUUGAGUAACGAACGACUUUACCGACAGAACAUUCCUCUUGUUCUGGACAAGGUCAGGAAGGUGGUGGGGAUGAUGUAGCAGACGUUUUGCUGUGUGUGUUGUUACGUCUGUCAAGAGGAUGGUGGAGGGGACAGUCUGAUGUAAGGGAAUGGUAGGAGAUGUUCAGCUAUGUAUUCAAUAGGAUGG